AUGCGAGCAAUUAUUCAAUGUGUGUCGGAAGCCUCCGUUACAGUUAAUAACGAACUUGUUUCCAAAAUAUCCAAGGGCCUCAUGAUACUUGUUGGAAUUGGGACAGAUGAUACUGAUACCGAUGUCGCGACGUUGUCUAAAAAGAUACUAACUCUCCGAGUAUUUUCCGACCCAUCCAACCCACAGAAUAUGUGGAAAGCUAGCGUAAAAGAUAUCGAUGGCGAUAUCCUCUGCGUAUCGCAGUUCACAUUAAUGGCCAAUACUUCUAAAGGAAAUAAACCUGAUUUUCAUCGAGCGAUGGCGACUGAGCCUUCACGGGCGAUGUAUGCCAAAUUUUUAGAAUCUCUCAGAACAUCCUACAAGGCUGAAAAGAUUCAAGAUGGGGUGUUCGGUGCGAUGAUGAGCGUUAGCUUAACGAACGAGGGCCCUGUGACUAUAACAUUGGAUUCUCGCAAAUUCGAAUACGUUGAGACAGCCGAUAGCAGUAAAAAGGGUGAAAAGAAGCUGAAAGCAGCUUCUGAGACCAAAACCGUAGAAACCCCUAUCCAAGUUCCGACAAGCGCAUCUUGA